CGAUUGGCUUCACUUGUGGAGCGUAGCGUAACGCCCUCUGGUGAGAGAUUGAGAUGUUGAGUGUGCGAGAUAUUCGAGGAGUUCCGAUUGAUCUGGGACCUUCGUCUUUCUGCGGGAUUGUGACAAUGGCAUCCAUAUUGGAUCAAUAUGAAGCGGAGUCUGCGAGAGUCACAUCGGUCUCCACCGUCAGGCCCAUGCAGGUCCCUAUUGGACCAGGAUAUAUUGAUGCUAGAACAGAUCUUGAUAUUCCAAUAUUCAAUAAAAAGAAAAUAAAUUUCAAACCUUCUGACCCAAUUACACAUUUGGUAGUGUCCAGCAAUUUCUUAGUGAUGGCCAUGAGCAACAACCUCCUUCUGAGAUUGGAUCUGGAACACCCAGACCAGCAGGAAGAGGUUGAAUUGCCCAAGGCCCUGGAAGACCGAGUAUACAAACUGUAUCUAGACCCAACAGGGAGACACCUUAUUAUCUGCAUGGAGUCCACAGAAAACUUAUACCUCUCAAGGAACUCCAGAAAACCCAGAUCUAUUGGCAAAUUAAAGGGUCACCUCAUCAAUACAGUGGCAUGGAACUUGCAAAACACCAAUGAAAAUACCACGGGGGCUAUUUUAUUAGGAACCAGUAGAGGUCUGAUAUUUGAGACAGAACUAACAGACAGUGGGGACAGCCGAUUUUUCCAGGGCAGUUUAGAUCAAUACUUGAAACAGUUCAAACUGCUGGUUAAAUCUGAGGAGCUGUUUAACUUGGCCAAAGACAAGAUUGUCCCCAUCACUGGGCUGGAGUUUGACAGAAUGCCCUCAGACUCCAUGACGGAGUACAAAUAUUACAUCCUAGCUACUACACCAGGGAGGCUGUACCAGUUUGUGGGAAAUGUGUCAAAGUCUGCAGAUCCCCCCGUGUUUCAACAGCUGUUCAUGCAGUAUGAAAGUGGAACAGAGCAGUUUCUGGAACUUCCUGGAGAGUUUGGUUACAGUGAGCUGACUAUGUUUAGGCCUCGCCAUGCCAACAGUGUUAAAAGUUUUGCCUGGAUGACAGGCCCUGGUGUGUACUAUGGUGAGAUAGAUGUCUCAGGAACUGCAGGGCCUCAAUCAGUUACCAUCAACACCAAACUCAUCAGAUAUCCUAGAGAUGGAGAAGAGAGGCCCCAGAAUCCUCUGUCCAUGGUGAUGACCGAGUUCCAUGUCCUGCUGUUGUUUAAUGACAGGUUAAAAGUGAUGUGUGUUUUAAAUGAACAGCUGAUAUAUGAAGAUGUAUUUCCUGAUAGGUUUGGCAGGCUGCUUGGUCUGUGUUGUGACCCAGUGAAGGGAACUAUUUGGGCGUUCACGGCACAGAGCAUUUUCAAAUACAAAAUCACACGAGAAGCCAGAGAUGUAUGGCAAAUGUACCUCGACAAGAAGGAGUUUGAGCUUGCCAAAGAUUAUUGUAGAGACAAUGCAGCUCAGCUGGACCGAGUAUUGACAAAGCAAGCAGAGUACCUGUUUGAAAAAGGAGAUUACCAGGAAAGUGCCAUGAUGUAUGCUCAAACACAGAACUCAUUUGAGGAGAUAGCACUCAAGUUCAUCAAACUAGACAGAAAGGAUGCAUUAAAGUCUUUUAUACAGAAGAAACUUUCAUCUCUCAGACCACAGGAUAAAACCCAGAUAACAAUGUUGGUGACCUGGUUGAUUGAGAUUUUCCUGAACCAGUUAGGUGAAAUGAAAGAGCAAGGGCAAGAUGAAUCUGAGGAGUACAGAAGUACUCAAGAGGAGUUCCGAAUGUUUCUGGCUCAGCCCAAAAACAAGGAAUGUGUUAGUAACAAUCGGGGAGUGGUGUACGACCUGAUUGCCAGUCAUGGAGAUGUUGAGGAUAUGGUAUUUUUUGCUGUUUUAAUGCAAGAUUUUGAAAAAGUGAUCACCCACCACAUUCAACAUGACAAUUAUAGAGGAGCCUUAGGCCAACUAGCCAAACAGACGGACACUGAGCUGAUAUACAAGUUCUCUCCCCUGUUGAUGCAGUACAUUCCUAAGGAUACAGUCUCUCUGUGGAUCAAUAGGAGAGACUACCUGGAACCAAUGAAACUCAUCCCAGCCCUGGUCCAGUACGACCAUAAAAAGUACAGGGAACAGGGAAAUGAGGCCAUUCGGUAUCUGGAGUUCUGUAUAGAACAACUUGACAACAAGGACCAAGCAAUCCAUAACUACCUGUUGUCUCUGUAUGCCAAAAUCAAACCUGACCAACUCAUGACUUAUCUCAACAUACAAGGAAUGGAUCAUGACUCGAUAUGCUAUGACCUGAAGUACGCAUUGAGACUAUGUGCUGAGCAUGGCCACAAGCGAGCCUGUGUCCACAUCUACUCCCUGAUGGGUCUGUAUGAGGAAGCAGUGGAUCUCGCCCUUCAGGUAGAUGUAGAGUUGGCCAAACAACAAGCAGACAAACCCGAUGAAGAUGAUAUUGAUCUUAGGAAGAAGCUUUGGCUCAGAAUUGCCCGCCAUGUUGUGGAAGAAGAAAAAGAUGUGAAACGAGCCAUGGAGUUCUUACAUGACUGUGAACUACUUAAGAUUGAGGAUAUUCUGCCAUUCUUCCCAGACUUUGUCACGAUUGACCACUUUAAAGAUGCCAUAGUGACCUCUCUCCAGGAAUAUAACCGCCACAUUGACCAACUGAAGGAGGAGAUGGACGAUGCAACGAGAAGUGCUGAGGAAAUCCGGAAGGAGAUCCAGAGCUUUAGAAACAAAUAUGCGUAUGUGAAUGCAGUAGACAAAUGUGCAGCCUGUAACUUUCCUCUGAUGGCCCGGGGCUUCUAUCUGUUUCCAUGCCAACAUAAAUUCCACAAUGACUGCUUGAUUGGGGAGGUCCUUCCAAACCUGACCAGUAAAAAGCGACAGAGAGUAGAGGACCUUCAGAGAAAAAUGGCAGAAAAUGAGGACAUCAGGACAACAUCAAUAGGGAUCAGGGGAGAUAACCAGUCUGAUAAGUCACAGGACAUCAAGGCGGAGUUGGACGAUUUGGUGGCAUCAGAGUGUAUCUACUGUGGGGACUUCAUGGUCAGGAGUAUAGAUCAACCUUUUGUGGAUGAAGAUGAGCAAAACCUUGUUCUGACUGGCUGGCUGUAAACCUUAAUGUUUUGGAUGCUGGAACUUAUAGGAAUUCACUAAGAAAAACUCAAUGUAAUUUAAACAUCACCCUGUAAUAUUAACCAUUUGCUAUGGAAUGGACCACAUGGGACUUUUAUUCCUUUGUUUUAAUGCCAUAGUUUGUUGAUUAACAUGUGCAAUAUGAAUUAAACAAAUAAAUUUUAUAUUUAUACAUGCUUA